AUGAGUAUCCAGAUCUUGUAUGGAGCUAAAAACGGAAAAUAUGGUAUAGAAGCAUUGGAGAAAAGAAAAAGAGGAGGCCGAGCUGGGGGGGAGGGGAGGGGAAGGCGAACCGAAGACAAAUCUGGACGAGGCAGCCCCGGCGCCGAUAUAUUGGCCGACUUAACCAACUUCAGCUCUUACUUUGCCAAAGUCCCCUCAACUCCAACAGAAAGGAGUUUUAGAAUUGAUGGAAACGGGCUAGGACAAGUACGGGAACAAAAGACGACACGAGGAAGGACAAGGAUACAGAAGAGCAUGAAAUAUAGACGGAGAUGUUUAAGAGGCACAGAUGAGAGAGCCAUUUGUCAAAAGAGGCAAGGCUGUGUUCAUGGUGAAGAGCUAGCCUACGUAUUUGGAGCUCCUCUUGUUGGCGGAAUGUCUCACUUUGCAAGGAAUUAUACUAAAGCAGAAGUUUUGCUCUCUGAGGCCACAAUGAUGUACUGGAGCAACUUUGCUAGGACAGGCAAUCCGAAUGAACCUCAGGAGUCAGAUGUUAGUCAUGUUUUACGUCAGGAAAGGAGCAGGUUCAAAAAUAUUGAAUGGGCUCCUUAUGAAAGAGUCCUUAAAAAAUAUUUAAGCUUAGAUUUGAAGCCAAAACUGAAAAACCAUUACAGGGCACAUAGGCUGUCAUUCUGGUUAAACUUAGUUCCAGACUUACAUAAGCCUGGUGGUGAUGAUGUUCCUCCUUCUCAUCACUUAUUACACGAUGAAGUGAAGGGCCAGGGCCCAAUCACAACAUCAAAGCAUGGACCAGACCCGACUGCUAGUGUUGGAUUUGACAUAUAUCCUUCAGUUCUAGCAGAUCACAAUUCUAGCUUAGCUCAACCUCCCUUGGUUGUUGUCGCUCCAUCUUCAAGUGAAAGAGGGAACCAUGAACAAGAAGAUGGCUUUACAGCCUAUUCUACUGCUCUUAGUGCGAUCAUUGCAAUAGGUUGUUCUCUAUUACUGCUUAAUGCCUUAGUUUUUGCUGGUGUUUACUACAGAAGAGACAAACGACAGGCUCAAAAUGAACCAGCACAUGCGGCUGCAAAGAAAAGAAAUGAAAAUGGUGGUCCAAUGGCAAAUAUAUGUGUUACUGGAGGUGCAACUGAGCUACUUCAGAUAAUGGAAACGAGGCCGACUGCAGCAAUGCCUGCUCCAAUCCUUAAGCAGAGUUCAGAAAUCACAUCAGGGAGCGCAACUCUCCCACGAGCACCACCUCCUCCCAAAACUCCUCGCCCACCAGAGUCCCAGCCUCUCCUUCCCCACACAGCCACGCUCGGCAGGAAACCCAAACAACCACUGCCAGAAGAGUUGAGGGUGUGACAUCCGGAGGAAGGCCAGAUUCAAGGCUUAGCGGAUGACCUCAAUCGGAUCUGCGACCAGCUCAAUAAGAACAAAGAUGAUGGUGAGCUUUUCCAUGUCUGAGAUGGAUCUGACCUUCCUCGGCAAUAUGAAAGGGUCUAAAAACUCAAUUUGUGAUCCGGACUGUUUAGUGUUUCAAGGAGUUAUUAUAAGAUUAAUUAUAACAGGGACCGAUAAUAUUCCUAAAUAUCUUAUUAAUGUCUCUUUAUGGUUAUUAAACUUUAUUAAAAUUGAAAAGAUGAAAAUCGUUGAGAUGACUUUAGGACAUUUUUAUAUAUAUAAAUGUGUAUCAACUGACUAGAUUUUUACUAAGUAUCUUGUAUUACAGGAAGCGUGUAAUUAUUGAUUAGUAUAAAAUUUUGAGUUGGUUUGGAUACAUUUUAAUUAAAAGAUCUAUUCUUAUUAUUAAUUAAGUAAAUUUGUUAUAUUUUAGUUAAGCUCUCUUGAUUAGUUCGUUAACAAGAAAAUAAUGAAUUAUUUUAACCCAUAG